AUGCGUGGAAUCGUGGAUGUCAUCCAACAGUUGAUUAAGAGCAAUGAUACCUUGAUAGCUGAUACGGGGGAUGCUUGGUUCAAUGCCGCCGAGAUCUCGCUCCCAAUGGGAGCGAACUUUCAAAUUCAAUUGGUUUAUGCGUCACUGGGAUGGAGUCUACCUGCUGCGCUUGGCUGCCAACUAGCUCGUCCAGAUGCGCGAACAAUCCUCAUGAUUGGUGAUGGCGCUUUUCAAAUGACCGCUCAAGAGCUAAGUACUGCUAUCCGAAGUAGAGCCAACAUGAUAGUCUUCAUCUUCAACAAUCUGGGUUAUCAGAUAGAGUCUGCGAUUCAUGAUGGACCCUAUAAUUACAUCGCCAAUUGGAACUAUGCCAAGUUUGCCUCGGCCAUGUGUACGCCCAAGCACACAAGAAUAUGCAACAACCCGUUUGCGCCUACAAUGGACAAAGACUUGACUCUCAAUCCGGCAUUUUUCUCGAUGCAAAUCAAAACACAUGCUGAUCUGCUGUCAGCACUAGAUCGGAUAAAUUCUGAGCCAUGGAAAUUGGCCCUCCUAGAGUGUUGUAUUCAGCCCGACGAUGUCAGUGCCGGUCUACGGCAGCUUGCAGGUGCAAUUUCUGAAGCAGCCAAAUGA